ACUCAAAGACGGAGAAUUUCUUUACCCCGACGGCACUUCCGGUGUGUGAGAACUCAAAGCGUAAAUAUGGCAGCGUCCGCGAGGAAUCUCGUAAGAGUUCUAGCUGGAUGCCAAAGACUCAGUCUAGCAUCACCAUGCGUCUCAAGGGUGUCUCAGAAUGUGGUGCGUCAGACAUAUGUCAGGACAUAUGCAGCUGCAGCAGCAAAGCCCAAGCCCAAAGCAAAGAAAGGAGAAGAGGACAAGGACAAGAAGGAGAAAAAGGAAAACCGUGUCAUAGAUAACACAGGUCGGCACAAACCAAUCGGCUACGUGGCCUGGGAGCCAGUGGACGACGUGCACAUGCUGAGAUUCUACCCCAAACCAUCCUACGAUGCAGACACAGCUGUAGACAUGCUGAAGGAGUUCCAGAGGCUGGAGUUCACCGCCCCAGACCAGGCUGUGACAUUACGCCUGAGGCUGGACUUGAAACUUGAGAAAAAGAGGAAGGUAGAUCCCUUCGUCAGCACGGUGCAGCUACCCCAUCCUUUCAAGACGGAACCAAACAAAGUUGUCGUUUUCACAGAGAAUGCUGAACAGGCGCAGCUGGCCCUGCAGAAUGGAGCGACGCAUGUCGGCGGGGCGGAGCUCGUGCAGAAGAUUUUAGACGAUGAAAUCCAAGCUGAUUUCUUCUUGACUGUGCCUGAAGUGCUCCCGAAGUUGGUCCCUUUAAAAAACAAGCUUCGGAAGAAGUUCCCAAAGAACAAGAGAGGCACUGUUGGAGUGAACAUUCCCAAAAUGUUAAACCUUUUCAAGAGCGGUCAUGAAUACCUGGUGGAGAGGGAGAACUACAUUACUACUGAAGUUGCCAUGCUGAACAUGCCCAAAGAGCAGAUCCUGGCCAACAUCCAGGCCAUCAUCAAUGACGUCUGUUCCCACAAGCCUGCCAACUAUAGCCCAAUAAUCAGCAGGAUGAUACUAUCCAACAAAACUAGCGAGCUACUACUUGUAAAAUAUGAAGACCUUCUUCCAAAGCCUAAGGAGGAAAACAAACUGUGAUCAUGCCCAUUGUAAAUGUUGUAAUAUAAUAAAAUAAAGCAUCGCACU